AUGGUUACUGUUCGUACACUUCUUGCUAUAGCUGCUGUUAAAAAUUGGUCUUUGAUUCAACUCGAUGUGAAUAAUGCUUUUUUACUUGGUGACUUACUUGAGGAAGUUUACAUGACUCAUCCUCGUGUUGAUUACUCCUUGUUUACCCGUUCCAAUGGUGAUUCUUUUAUUGCACACCUUGUAUAUGUUGAUGACAUAUUGAUUGCAAGUAAUGAUUCACAUGCUGUUGAUAAUCUGAAACUGUUAUUGGACACCAAGUUUAAACUGAAGGAUCUGGGGCAACUUAAAUACAUUGGUUUGGAAGUUGCAUGGUCUCCUCAAAGUAUUUCUUUGUGCCAAUGUAAAUAUGCACUUGAAAUAUUACAAGAUGCUGGGUUUCUUGGUGCUAAUCCAAUAUCUUUUCUAAUGGAACAGAAUUUGAAACGUAGUAAAGAUACUGGUGCUUUAUUAAGUGAUCCUACUGUUUUUAAAAAAUUAAUUGGUAGAUUGUUAUAUCUUACCAUUAUAAGACCUGAUCUAACAUUCUCUGUUCAUCGGCUUAGUCAAUUUAUGGAUAAGCCACAUGAGCCUCAUUUAAAAGUUGCCUGCCGUAUUUUACAAUAUGUAAAAUCAACUUCAGGACAUGAUUUGUUUUUUCCAACUAACUCUUCUCUUCAAAUUAAAGCAUUCAUAGAUUCAGAUUGGGGUUCUUGUCCUGAUACACGGAGGUCUGUCACUGGUUAUUGUGUUUUCCUUGGAGAUUCUUUGGUGCCUUGGAAAUCCAAGAAACAACAAACAGUUUCUCGUUCAUCUGCAGAGGCUGAAUAUCGUUCGAUGACUACUACAACUUGUGAGAUUGUUUGGCUUCUUACCUUACUUUCAGACUUUCAAGUUUCUCAUUCUAAUAAUGUUCAUUUGUUUUGUGAUAACACAACUGCUCUACAUAUUGCUGUUAAUCCUGUUUUCUAUGGACGCACAAAACACAUUGAACUUGAUUUCCAUUUUGUACGGGACAAACUUCAAGCUGGGGUUAUUUAG